CACGAGUUCCCAGAAGACCUAUUCACGAACAGAGAGCGCGCAGACGGAGCCCUGGCCCUGCACGUCCUCUGUGCAGUGUAUAUGUUCUGUGCUCUGGCCCUGGUUUGUGAUGACUAUUUUGUCCCCUCUCUGGAGAAGAUUUGUGAGCGUCUGCAUCUGAGUGAAGAUGUGGCGGGGGCGACCUUCAUGGCAGCGGGCAGCUCUGCCCCCGAACUUUUCACCUCUAUCAUAGGAGUGUUCAUCACUAAAGGCGACGUCGGGGUGGGAACCAUCGUGGGUUCCGCCGUGUUCAACAUCCUGUGUAUCAUCGGAGUGUGUGGCUUCUUCGCCGGACAGGCUGUCAGACUCUCUCACUGGACUCUACUCAGGGACUCUGCCUUCUACACACUCUCUAUAGCUGCCCUCAUCGCAUUUAUCCAUGACGAAGAAGUUUCCUGGGUGGAGUCAUUGGUCUUGAUUCUCAUGUACCUGGUUUACAUCCUGAUUAUGAAGUUUAACUCCCGCGUCCAGCGCUACUUUGAGAGGGGAAGGAGGUGCACGCGGAGUCUGGCCAAUGGCACGGCGGGGAGCGGAGACGUGGAGGAGAACAUGCAUGACUCCUCCGCUCACUGCAGGCCCUCAGUGCUGAUGGUGGAUGAGCUGCUGUGUGCCUACCCUCACAGAUUCUCCCUCUCUGAGGCCGGUAUGAGAGUGAUGAUCACCAACCACUUCUCCCCCCGGACGCGUCUCUCCAUGGCCUCACGCAUGCUCAUCUCUGAGAGACAGAGGCUGAUCAACACUAGACUGUGCAGCGCAGGGGAUGCAGAGAUGCAGGCCGGGAUUGCAGAGAGGCGGAGCCUGGAGAACGGGGUGGGCGUGGCCGAGAGGAGCGCGAACGGUCGCUGUCACUGCGAGAGGAGGAGAGAGGAGGAGGGGAGGGGAAAGGAGACGGGAAACGAGAACGAGGACAACGAAAACAACGAGAAUGACGGAGAGGAAGAAGGAGAGGGUGACGAAGGCCCCUUUGUCCCGUUCGCAGUUCCAGCUGGGGUGUGUAGUAAGCUGAAGUGGCUUGGUCUCUGGCCUCUGUGCUUUCUGCUCUACUUCACUGUGCCUAACUGUGCCAAGCCGCGCUGGGAGAACUGGUUCAUGAUCACUUUCCUGACUGCCACACUGUGGAUCGCCGGCCUUUCCUACAUCAUGGUGUGGAUGGUAACUGUCAUUGGCUACACGCUUGGCAUUCCCGACGUGAUUAUGGGCAUCACAUUCUUGGCAGCUGGCACCAGCGUGCCCGACUGUAUGGCCAGCCUGAUCGUGGCACGACAAGGCAUGGGUGACAUGGCCAUCUCCAACUCCAUCGGCAGUAACGUGUUUGACAUCCUGGUGGGACUAGGCCUGCCCUGGGUACUACAGACGCUCGCCAUAGAUUACGGCUCCACCAUACACCUGAACAGUAGGGGACUGGUCUUCUCCGUGGGUCUUCUCCUCGCUUCGGUCUUUUUUGCAGUGCUGGGGGUUCACUUGAACCACUGGACCCUGAACAGGAAGCUCGGCUCGGCGUGCCUGCUGCUGUACGCCGUCUUCCUCUGCUUCUCCAUCCUCAUCGAGUUCAACGUGUUCACCUUUGUCAACCUGCCCAUGUGCCAGGACGACCUCUGA